UGAGAGUCAGGCUGAUCGCUAAACCCAUUAACCUACAUCGCUGAUCAUGGGCGAGCGUUCAAGGAGCAGGUCACCAGGGAGAAGGAUUGACAGGGAAAGGUCUGAUAGAGAGAGGCCUAGAAGAAGUGGAGGAGGAGGAGGAGGAGGUUUUCGAUGGAAGGACAAACGGCGCGAUGGCGACAACAGACACGAUACAGAUGAACGCAGAUUAAAUCGAGGAUACAGAGAUAGGGAAGAACGGGCAAGAUCUCCGCGACGCGACAGAGAUACGUACCGGCCUGAGGAUAGGAACAAGGAUAACGAUCGUGACCGAAGGCGUCCGGAGGGUGAUGAGAGAGAUGGACGGGACAGGAAGAAGAAAGAGAAGAAAGAAAAGAAGCCUGCUGUUCCUCAGACCUCAGAACCCAUGAUUAUUGUGCAUGUGAACGAUCGUCUCGGCUCGAAAGCUUCAAUUCCGUGUCUUGCAUCGGACCCAAUCAAGCUCUUCAAGGCACAGGUUGCUGCGCGUAUUGGACGUGAACCACAUGAAAUCCUCCUCAAGCGCCAAGGGGAGCGUCCGUUCAAAGAUUUCCUCACCCUGGCCGACUACAGUAUAUCUUCAGGAAGCCAGCUUGAUCUGGAGGUCGGCACUGGUGAAUAAAUACUUGUAGACUAUACGCUUUAGGUACCUGUGAGCAAAUUCCUCUUCGACUUCUCUCCUAUGGUUUGUGAGAAUAUCCCUCGCAGGCGAUUCAAAUUGUAUUACUGUACCUUUAUAUGACCUGGG